AUGAGUGAGGAACUUAACAUUUCAGGUGAGGUUGCCGAUGAAACAAAAGAUUCACCGCCACUUAACAAAUUUGAAAUAAGUGAGGAAGUUCACAGUGCUGAUACCGAUGGAGCAAAAGUUUCACAACCGAUUAACACAUUGGAAAUGAGUGAGGAACUUCACAGUGCAGGUGAGGUUGCCGAUGAAACAAAAGAUUCACCGCCACUUAACACCUUUGAAAUAAGUGAGGAAGUUCACAGUGCUGAUACCGAUGGAGCAAAAGUUUCACAACCGAUUAACACAUUGGAAAUGAGUGAGGAACUUCACAGUGCAGGUGAGGUUGCCGAUGAAACAAAAGAUUCACCGCCACUUAACACCUUUGAAAUAAGUGAGGAAGUUCACAGUGCUGAUACCGAUGGAGCAAAAGUUUCACAACCGAUUAACACAUUGGAAAUGAGUGAGGAACUUCACAGUGCAGGUGAGGUUGCCGAUGAAACAAAAGAUUCACCGCCACUUAACACCUUUGAAAUAAGUGAGGAAGUUCACAGUGCUGUUGCCGAUGGAGCAAAAGUUUCACAACCAAUCAACACAUUGGAAAUGAGUGAGGAACUUAACAUUUCAGGUGAAGUUGCCGAUGAAACAAAAGAUUCACCGCCACUUAACACCUUUGAAAUAAGUGAGGAAGUUCACAGUGCUGUUGCCGAUGGAGCAAAAGUUUCACAACCAAUCAACACAUUGGAAAUGAGUGAGGAACUUAACAUUUCAGGUGAAGUUGCCGAUGAAACAAAAGAUUCACCGCCACUUAACACCUUUGAAAUAAGUGAGGAAGUUCACAGUGCUGGUAAGUUGAUGAUUCCAUUCAAAUAA